AUAUAUAACGAACUACAUAAUUGCAUAAUGGAUGCUUGUAAACUUAUGUACGAAAGAAAAGAACAAUCAGUUUUGUACGCUUCAUUUUCGCACAUAAAUGAUUUACGUUGUGCAAUUUGUGAAAUUGAUUUUAUUGAAGUUCACGAUUCAUCAGCAAAAUCAUAUUUUCAUUGGCAAACAUUAAAAUGCCGAAUGGGAAGCAGUGGUCAAUUAUAUAGCCUUUCCUGGGGAGAGUUUAGUUCAUCACUGGCAUCUGCGGUACAAUUGUUAAGAGGUCAUGGAGAUUUGGUUGAUGUGACACUGGCUGCUGGUGGACGCAGUUUCCCUGCACAUAAAAUAGUUCUUUGCGCAGCUAGUCCCUUUUUACUGGAUUUAUUAAAGAGCACACCAUGUCAACAUCCAGUAGUUAUGUUAGCGGGUAUAGGAGCAGAUGAUUUGGAAUCACUGUUGGAGUUUGUGUAUCGUGGUGAAGUGAGUGUAGAACCUUCUCAAUUACCUUCACUUCUUCAAGCUGCUCAUUGUCUUUGUAUUCAUGGAUUAACGCCUCCUACUAUAUUGACUGAGAAUGGGGAGGAGGUACCAGUAUCAGCAAUACCAACAGCAAAUGAAACUUUAUCAAAAGAAACCAUUAGUCCGUAUUUUCCAUUGAAGCGAAGAAAAAAAAGGAGAAAGUCAUCUUCAUCUUCUGGAAAAUGGCCACGCAAUGUUAAUACUACUGAGAAUGAAAAUAGGACUGUAGAUGGAAGUGAUAAUAGUCGGUCGGUAAAUUAUGAUCACAAAGAUGAAGAUAAUACGGAACAUGGCGAUGAUACAGCGAACGAUCGGUUGGAAUAUUCAAAUCAUCGAAGUUGUCACUCGCCCCGUGGUCAAGAAGCGCAACCAGUGUCGGCAGAAAGUUCUCAAGCAGGAACGCAUCAAGAUCAAAUAUCGGACAAUGAAUCGCAUCUUCACACUUUAAUGCCAAUGCAGCCAUAUUCUCCACUACAUAUACCGCAAUUUCCUGGUCCUUUAAAUAUGGGCUUUCCUCCUGGUAUACCACUCCCACUAGUUACUCAGGGUUCAACAGCUGGAACAGGAUCUUGUGGACUGACAGGCAAUAUGAAUUUGUCUAAAAUACGAGGUGCAUCUGACUGUCCAGGUGUUUGUCCAUUAUGUGGUGCUACGUUACGGCAAGCGAGAAAUUUACGUAGACACCUAUUAUCCUCGUGCAAAUAUCGGUUUAGUAGUAAUCCGGUUCAGAGUUCCCCAGCCGAUGCAAUGAUGAUAGAAGUAAAGCCUGAAGUCGAGUUAUCGAGUUAUAAUGAGCAGUCCAUGACGUACGGAACUGAUAGUGGAAGUAGUACCUGUGAGCAAAUAAUUUGUAAGCCCAGUCCACUUCCUUCGCCAACAUCACAGGGCCCGAGUGUUGUUUCCCCUCAGAGCAACAUUCCGUCUCCGACUAUCGCUAGAUGAAUGUACAGAAAAAAACUGAAAACGAAGAUAUGAUGCAAACAGAAUCUUCCGAUUCUGUUGUUGUGAUUGUGAAACUAUUUUGUUUCUUUUCGUCAAUUUGUUCUGUAAUGUAAUAAAUUUAAUUUAAGGAAGCGCAUCCGUUUUUUUUUUUUUUACUUAUCGUUUUAAUGUACUUAUAUGAAUUUAUGUUCGAACUAUUGUUUAUCAGUUAAGAAAAAUUAUAACGGAUUGGCAUUAUUCUGUAGAAUUUCUCAGAAUGAACUGAUUGUUAUAUUACAUGUAUAGUUUAUAAUCUUAUUUUAGGAGUUUUUUCAUUGAAAAUUAAUGAAAUUAACUUGAAACGAAACGUUUAAUAUGAACGUUCAAAAUAAAGUUAAAGUAUACAAAAAUCUUCCACGUUAGUAAGUAAGAGCAGUAUCUUUAGGGUUAAUGGGAAUAGUCGAUGAAAAAUUAUGCCUAGUGAGAGCGGUGGUAUAAGUAUUGCAAAAUACUUCUAAAUUUUCGAUAUCUUUGAAAUAUUCACUUACGCAAUAACUGUGUAUGAUCAGUUUUAUAUAAACUUAUUGAAAUCUA